AUGUUGAUCCAAUCGAAACUUCUCUCACUUGAUUACCGGUGCCAAUCACAACACCUUGCCUAUUUGAACGUACCUCUGAAGUUCUAUGCAGUAAUGGAGGAAUCUAGCUCCUCCCCUCAGGAGUCUCACAGAUCAGGUACGGAUGAUAGCGAUCACCUCACAACCGUCAUCACUGGCUGCGAGCAGAAUAGCUCUGAAUUGGCAAAUAUCCGGACCCCAACUCUUAGCCGACGACCAACGAACCUGAAUGAUGUCGAGCUCGAGCGCAUAAACACCUAUCGACUGCAGCAUAAGUCGACCGUUGGAUCGGGUAUAAGAGUUUACCCCCGUGAAAAAUGGCUUCCAAUGGGCGCUGGAAAACCAUACCCGCCUGACCUUCCCGACCCGGAACAAUUUAUCGUGGAAUUUACCGGGGCAGACGAUCCAUUGCAUCCGCAGAACUGGUCGAUGAAGAAGAAAGUUGUGAUUUCUGUCGUUUUGGCCUAUUCAACAUUUGUGUCAUCAUUUUCCAGUGCUAUUUAUUCGUCAGCCGUGGGCGAGAUAAGCGUGAAAUUCCACAUCAGCACAGAAGUGGCUAUACUUGGUGUCACUCUCUAUGUUCUGGGUUUCGCUUCCGGGCCUACCGUAUGGGCACCCGCAAGCGAGCUGAUAGGAAGACGAUGGCCAAUAAUUGUCGGAAUAUUUGGCUUCUCAAUCUUUACCAUUGCUACUGCUACCAGCAAGGAUGUCCAAACUCUCAUGUUGACCCGCUUCUUUGCGGGAUUCUUCGCAGCAAGCCCGAUUGCCAUUGUGCCUGCUGUUUUUGCCGAUGUUUAUAACAAUCAAACACGAGGCGUUGCGAUCGCAAUGUUUGCGAUGGCGGUUUUUGUGGGCCCAUUUGCCUCCCCCUUUACUGGUGGGUUUAUAACCAUGUCAUACCUUGGGUGGAGGUGGACCAUGUAUAUCGCAAGCAUUAUGGGCUUCCUAGCCACGGGGCUAUGUCUAUUGUUUUUGAAAGAAACAUAUGCUCCUGCGAUUUUGGUCGAGAAAGCCGUGACACUUCGCAGACAGACUCAUAAUUGGGGAAUUCGCGCCAGACAAGAGCAAGUCGAGUUGGACUUCGAAGAGCUGAUGACGAAUAACUUUAGUCGUCCAUUCAGGAUGCUCUUCACGGAGCCUAUCGUUUUUCUGAUCUCGCUUUGGAUGAGCUUUGUUUAUGGUUUGAUGUACGCGCUUUUGGGUGCAUACCCCGUUGUAUUUCAAGGAAUACAUGGCAUGAACCUUGGCGUCGGUAGUCUCCCAUUCAUCGGGUUGAUCAUUGGCGAGCUUCUUGCUGGAGCAUACAUUCUGUUCGACCAAAGAUCAUAUUCUAAGCGAUUAGCCGCUAACAACAAUAUUCCCAUACCGGAAUGGCGUCUUCCUCCGUCUAUUCUGGGGGGUGUUUGUUUCACCGUAGGUCUUUUCUGGUUUGGGUGGACAGGGUGGACUAGAUCCAUUCACUGGAUGGCUCCAACUGCAAGUGGAGUGGUCACCGGAUUCGGAAUCUAUGUGAUCUUUUUGCAAUGUUUCAACUACUUGAUUGAUUCAUAUCUGACAUUUGCUGCAUCUGUUUUUGCUGCAAACACGAUCAUUCGAUCGGCUGUAGGCGCGGCAUUUCCACUUUUCUCGAAGCAGAUGUUCAAUAACCUAGGUGUUCAAUGGGCUGGUACACUGCUAGGAUGCCUCGCUCUUAUAAUGGUUCCGAUCCCUCUCGCGUUCAUUAAAUUUGGUCCGCUGUUGAGGAAGAAGUCGAAUUUUGCGCCCAAUCUUGAGCAGCGACUGUCUCUUAUUACCGAGAAAUAUGUACGCGCAAGUGUAUAA